CGUGCGCACGGCGGUAUUUGUUUACACAUUUUCAUUCAUUCUCUUUUUGCCUUUGGAGUCCGCGCUCGUUCAAGUUUGUGUGGCCGGACCACCGCACCGAUAGUAGCCCGAACCCCGCCGGAAAUGCGUUACGGUCAGCUGGUGAUGGGCCCCGCCGGCAGCGGGAAGUCCACAUACUGCGCCACAAUGCAGCGGCACGGUCACGACGACAAGCGGCUGAUCAAGGUGGUCAACCUGGACCCGGCGGCGGAGCGCUUUGACUACCAGCCGUUUGUGGACAUUCGCGAUUUGAUUCAGCUGGACGAUGCGAUGGAGGAUGAGGAGUUGCACUACGGACCGAACGGGGGACUGGUGUUUUGCGUCGAGUAUCUGCUGGAGAAUCCGGACUGGCUGAAGAACCAGCUUUGUGGGGUUGGGGACGAUGAUGAUGGGGAGGAGGGGGAGGUGGAGGCGGGGGUUGAGGAACCGGACGAUGACUAUAUUCUGUUUGAUAUGCCUGGGCAGAUCGAGCUUUAUUCACAUUUGAACGCGGGUCGGCAGUUGGCGAAACUGCUGGAGUCGUGGGACUUUCGGCUGUGUUCGGUAUUUCUGGUUGAUUCGCAGUUUAUGAUCGAUGGGGCCAAGUUUUUGUCGGGGACGAUGGCCGCGCUGAGUGUGAUGGCGAACAUGGAGUUGCCGCAUGUGAAUAUUUUGAGCAAAAUGGAUUUGCUGAGUAAAACGAGCCGCGGGCAGUUGGACAAAUAUUUGGAGCCGGAUCCACAGGCGCUGCUUGGGGAGGUCAGCAACGAGUCGUCGUGGGGUCGCAAGUACCGCAAGCUGUCCGAGACGAUCGGGCUGUUGAUUGAGGACUUUAGCUUGGUGAGAUUUACGCCGUUGAACAUCAACGACGAGGAGAACAUUGCAGAUUUGCUGUUGAUGAUCGAUAACGUAAUUCAGUUUGGGGAAGAUGCCGAUGUUCGUACGCGGGACUUUGAUCCACCGGAACCUGAGGAGGACGACGACCCGGACAAGUAUUACGGAGAGUGAAUAAAGUGUUGAAAUUAAACUAAA